ACAUGCAUACGUAAAAUGCAUGUAUAUAUAUGCAUAUUCUUCAAUGUACAUAUAUUACUAGUUACUCAUAGUAAAUUUAAGUAGAGAGUUAAUCAGUAGGUCGGCAGAGGUCAGACGCGUCGCGUUUUAUGCACAUUGCUCUUGCAACGGAGAGCUUCGCAGUAAGAUAUGCGACGUUUUAUCCUUUGUAAGUUGUUCUCUCCAUUCUCGUCGACGGAGAUCAAACCCGAAAUAGAUACGUCCCCCUUGACGGUUGUAAUUCGAGCCGACUCCCCGUUAUAGCACUUUCUCCGCGAGAACUAUUUUCGUACCUACCGCGCGGUAUCUUUUCAUCGUUGAUGCGCGCGAGACGCAGAAAGUGCUCACCAACGCAGCAACGUGUUUUUUAACAUUCUUCUUUGAAUACCACCCACGUAUUUACUUUCCACGUACUUCUUCAAACUUAUUUCGAAGGAAUAAUAUAAUAAUAUAAAAAAAUACGAAAAUUUUAAUGUUGUCAUUUUGUAACCAACAAAUGGCACGAUGGAAAAUAAUUGAUGAAAUUGAACUACUCGAUAUUCGUAUCAAAAUAAGAUAAAAUAUUUAUUUUAAUAUAAAAGGACAAAUAUAUAAAAAGAGAGAAAGUUAAAUCGUUCGAUAUCUUGGAUAAGAAGAAUGAGAAAUGCUUAUUUCACCUUUCAUUAAUCUUGAGUCAAUAAAGAAUUAUUCUCUUAUUGGGAAGAACAGAAAGACAACGGAGACUCACUUGACUUUUCACGAAAGCGUUUACACGUACGGACCAUAGUUUCAAACUAAGAAGUUAUUUUUAAACCAAGAGAGAGAGAGAACGUGUCAAAGGGCAAGGCUAUAGAGCUUGAGGUGUUUGUCCUAGUAGCUAGCUUCUAUGCCAGUUUCCUUUCGACAGUGGUACGUGUAAGGCGUGACUCUUGAACAUUUUUCAUUUGUGAAUUCUUAUGAAUACAUUCUUAUUUUGGAGCAUCGAUAUUCGAUGCAUUUUGUGAAGAGUGGUCAGUGACGUAUUGCUUUAUUUUGUAUAUGUAUAGACUUAUAUAUACAUAUAUUUAUUUAUAAUUCAUUGAUAAAAAUAAAGCAGCAAUAUGAGUAUUCCAGAGGAAGUCAAAAAAUGCGCUUCCAUUUUGAAGUCUGUUAAUACAGAUUCAGAAAAGUUUGCAGUCCUUUUUAUGGUAACUAAAUUAGUUAAUGCCACGGAUUGUAAUCUGGCUGCUAAGCAAAUGCUUUUCGAAGCCAUUGGUACAAAAUUUAUAAAAAAAUUAUUAUCUAGCGACACGGUUCCUGUCGAUUGUCCAGCACAAGUAUAUAAAUCAGUAGCACUAUCAAUUCUUUCUGCCUUUUGCGGAGAGCCAGAAUUAGCAUCUCAUCCAGAUAUGGUAACGCAUGCUCCUGCUCUUCUUGAAAUUAUUUCUCAAGCGGAUGAAGAUUCAGUCGAUGACAUGUUAAUUAUUGUUAUGGAAGCUUAUAGAUGCUUGCAAAGCAUUGCACAAUUUUUACCAGGUCAAAAAAUACUCCUGGAACAUAAAGCAAUAUCUAAAAUGUGUGAUAUUUAUUCAGAGAAAAGUUUUCAAACUGACGAAGCUCUAGAAAUUUUAGUUACUUUAGUUGGAAGAUAUGGUCCAGAUGCUUGGGAUGCAACUGAUACAAUACCUUUCCAUGCAAUUAUGAAUAAAAUUGCGUGCGAUUUUGAAACAGAUCACACAGAGAGAAAAUUUAAAUUAUGUAGCAUUUUGCAAGCAUUAUUAGUUUCUUGCAGAAAAGAAAUGAUAUCAGCAUCUGCAAAAGAUGAAUCCUGGCCACUUAGUAUUCACAAAGGAUUGAGCGAUAUUCUUGGUUCUAAGAUAGGAAAAAAUCAACGAGAUCCUGCUUUGAAAUUAGCUUCAGUUAUGAUGGAUCUCUUAGGUGCUGAAUGGACCAUGUUAAAUAAGGACAAACCAAAGAUACUCAUAUUAUUAUUAAUUCAGUUAGCAUCAAUAGAAGUUAGAAUGCAAUUAGAAGGUCAUCAGCUUAAAACUGUUGUUACAAAUGGUGAUUUAGUUACAGCUUGUUUUGGCAUUCUUGAAAUUUCUCUCAUGUAUAUUAUCUCAGAUCAAUUAGAUUUAGAACAAAAAGAAAAACAAUCCUUAUAUACAGCUUUGAAGGGUGCUUUUGCUGCUAUUAUUGGCCUAUUAAAUUCAGUAUCAAAAAUGAAAGAAUUGACUGAUAUCAAAGAACGUAUUUUCGUUUGUGCAAUGGUUAGAGUAGUUGCAGCAUGGCUGGCACAAGAAACAACUGCUAUGAGACCACAAGUUUAUGCGGUAUUGCCAUUUGUAUUAACAAUAGCCAAUGAUACAUUUUAUGCAUAUCGUAAUAGAAAACUUGCGGAAAAAGCUAAAGCAGGUGCUAAAGGUGGAAGUACCAAAAACGAAGAAGGAUCAUCCUCUGCAGAAUCUAUACCAUGUGAUCCACUUAGUGAAGUUGAUUUAUUAAGAUUGCUUCUACCAGCCUUGUGUUAUUUAGCGGUAGAAGAAGAUGCUAGGCAAAUUUUACUUGCUCACAAACAAGAUGAAGUCUUAUUUGAAAGUUUAUCUUAUCAUUGGACAAUAGUACAUUACAAAAAACCACCAGUUCCUAGGUCAGAACGCUUAAAAGCAUUGAAAGAAACUGAUAAAACAGAUGAGCUUGAUUUACAAACUUUAGAAGAAAUGCAGGAUUCAAGACAAGCAAUGGUUUCUAUAUGCAAUGUCUUAAUGAAUAUAACGGUGCUAGAAGCCAAAUUAGUAGAGAAAUCUCCAAUAUAUAUUAAUUUAUUGAAAUUCAUUUUCAAUAAUCUUCCGGAAUUGAAACAAAUGCCAGAUAAUUUAGUUCUACAUGGUCACUUAGCAGUCUUAGGACUCUUAUUAUUAAAGCAACAAGCACAGCGUAUUAAGAAGAAUGACUUUUCAAUUUGUCGUUAUAUUCAAGCUACCAUUAGAUUUUUAUGGGAUGCAUAUAUAAUAGAUGAAAGUAAUGAUCCAACUGAAUUAGUUGUUGCUAUGUCCUAUAAAGAACGUUGGAUGGAACUUAUGGAACUCUGGUUUCUUGGGAUGCAAACAAUGGCUGGAGUAUUACAAGUAAUACCAUGGUUAUCACAAUUUACAAUUGAAUCUGGAUGGGUAGAAGAAAUAAUUGAAACUCUGAAAAAAGUUAAAGUUGGUAGUUUACAACCAAAUGUAAAAUCUGCUUUUGAAGAUCUUCUAUGUCAUUUGGUGAAGGCAGAUAAAGGCGUUGCAGUAGUUUUGAAGAAAUGCGGAGCAUUGACAGUAUGCAGAAAUCAUCGUUUGAUGGAACUUGGAAAGCACUUAUUUGGAGAUUAAAAUUAAAUUCUUUUUAAUAACUUUUAUAUUAUGUAUACUCUCCAU